AUGGAGAAGGAGAACGACACUGUAGGGACAGGCUUCGUUCUUCUUGGGCUGUUUAACCACACCCGAGCUCACCAAGUCCUCUUCGCCUUGGUUAUGAUGACCUCCGUCACCUCGUUGAUGGGCAAUGCAGCCAUAAUUCUCCUGAUCCUCAGAGAUCCCCACCUCCACACCCCCAUGUACUUCCUGCUCAGUCAGCUUUCACUCAUGGACUUGAUACUAGUCUUCACCACCAACCCCAAAAUGGCUGGCGACUUCUGGUAUGGCAGGAAUUCCAUCUCCCUCGUCGGAUGUGCCAUCCAAAUCUUCAUCUUGAUCACUCUGGGAGGGGGCGAGUGUUUCCUGUUAGCCACCAUGGCCUACGAUCGGUUUGUUGCCAUUUGCUGCCCUUUACGCUAUCCCGUUCUCAUGAGCCCCAGGCUUUGCCUCCUCCUGGUGGUGGUCUCCUGGUUGCUCGGAGCGACAGAUGGCUUGGUGCAGGCGGGGGUCACCAUGAGCUAUCGCUUCUGCCGUUCCCGAGAAGUCAACCACUUUUUCUGUGAAGCCCCUGCUCUGGUGCGCUUGGCCUGCGAUGACACUACGGUCUUUGAGUCCGUCAUGUACGUCUGUUGCGUCCUGAUGCUGCUGAUCCCUUUCUCUGUCAUCAUGGGCUCUUACGGCCUCAUUCUUGGGACGAUACUCCGUACGAGGUCGAUAGAAGCCAAGAAGAAGACCUUCACCACCUGCUCCUCUCAUCUCAGCGUUGUCAGCCUCUUCUACGGGACCACCAUCUAUAUCUACAUGAGGCCCAGUUCUUAUGACUCAACUGACUAUGACAAGGUGGUUUCAGCCUUCUACACUAUUCUCACCCCCGUGCUGAACCCCCUCAUCUACAGCCUGAAGAACAGGGAGGUACUGCGGGCCUUAAAGAGGGGCCUCAUUGAUUGCAGGAAGUUCAAGUUCUUCUUUGGCUGUGGGGUCCAGAGCUUCUUUUUCUUGACCAUUGCAGGGGCUGAAGGGCUUCUCCUGGCCUCCAUGACGUACGACCUGUAUGUGGCUAUCAGUAGGCCCCUGACCUACCCAGUUUUCAUGAGACGGAGGAGCAACUGCCGUGUCCUCCUCAACAUGUACCUCACACCCAUGCCCGAGAGGAAGAUGAAGGCCUUUGCCACCAGCUCCUCCCACCUGCCCGUGCUGAUGUUCUACUACACCCCAUUAAUCUACACCUACUGA